GUACACACUUAGCCUACUAUACUCAUGACCUAGCUUCGUUAACUUCACGUAAAGACUUCUCUGAACGCUCUCUCUGAACGUUUUUCACUAACAAGAUUUUAUAAUAUUCUUGGAGUACUCUCACUUCAUCAAUCGAUUCUUCAAUUCUGAUCAGUGGACCACUACAAACAAAGUUGCAUAAUAUUAUAAUAAGCUGAGUUCUACUGCAUGUCAGAGCCAGAGACUUGUACGAUAGAGUAUCACGCAGGAGAAGUGUGCUGACAGUGCAGUGUGCCGUGUACAUUUCAUGCAUUGACCGUAACGUAGCGCCGAUUACCCAUUUCGUAAUGUCAACUUUUGGUAGAGCCCGAAGUGUCGCGAGCAGUUUGAUCACGCGUAAACCAAGCAUUCUGAGAAUGGCAGUGAAUGGGGAAAGAUCUGUCCUCAUCACCAACGGCACCAUGAGUUGUCAGGGAAAUGGAGUUUCAAAGAGGGGCAAAGUUUUGUCUUUAGAAACAAUGAAUCCACACAUACGAUUGAUGGAGUAUGCCGUCAGAGGCCCCAUCGUCCAACGUGCCACGCAGAUUCAGAAGGAAUUGGAACAGGGAGAUACCAAGGCUUUCCCCUCCGUUAUCAAGUGCAAUAUUGGAGAUGCUCAUGCGAUGGGUCAAAAACCAAUGACAUUUCUCAGACAAGUGGUAGCUCUAUGUACAUAUCCAGCACUCUUGGAUGAUCCGAAUUUCCCAUCAGAUGCAAAGCAGAGAGCGCAGAGGAUACUCAAUGGAUGCAAAGGAGGCAGUUUAGGUAAGAAAAUCUCAAUCUGAAAGGCAGUUGGCAUCAUCCUCUUAAUGUACAUGUAGGCCUGCACAUUACCCCCCUAGAACCUUUUGUUGGGCCAAAUUUAAAUACCGGUAAUACUCUAGCCCAUCAAAACGUUGGACCAUACAAGGAGCCCAUCUAAUAAAAUUUGUUUUUAAUAACAAAUGUGCAAAAAUUGUUUUAAGCUACUGAAAUCAUUUGAUUUGAUAGGCUGAUAGAAUAAAUUGAGCAUUUGUUUUAUCAAGUCUUACAUGUAUGAAACGAGAUCCUGGAUCAACCAGGGUGUACCCGACCAUAACUACUCAGAUGAUAAUGAUUGUUGUUAUUGUUGUUUUUGUUUUUAUAAUUAUUAUUCUAUUAUCAUCACUGUUGUUUUUGUUGUUGUGAUGACUAUUAUUACCCCAUCAUCAGAAUAUGGAAGGGAGAGUUAUUCACAGUUUACCUGAUCAGAGUAUGAUGCAAUACAUGUACUUCAUGCAGGUUGAAGCACUGGAAGUGCCCUUAUUUGACCUCCACAUGACAUUAACCUAUAUCACAGCCCACAUUGUCACUUUCAUGUCUGCCCUGUGUGGAACUUCACAGCCUAUAACUGCACAAAGGAAAUACUAAUACAAUCAAUUACUUCCACUGUACGUAAUUUGGUACUGUAGUACUUGCUCAGUUUCUCAUGCACACUGUACCGUAAUACAUGUAUGUUAGCCCCAUUAGGUAGUCUAAUGAAUGGACAUUGCCACGUGGUUUUCUAAAUGGAAGUGAAGGAUGUAUGGAAAGCCAUAGGGGUCUUUAGGGGAAUUUUUCAAUUUUAAGUCUUUCUGAUGUAGAGCAGUACACAUGUGUAUGUGUUUUACUAUGGCCUGGCCUGCUGCUCUAAUUUUCACAAUUCCUCCAAAUGUUAAAUGGAGAAUUUUAAUAAAACUUUGGAGUGGCAGGCAAGGACCUGGUUUCAUACACACCAAAUGGGCAAGUCCAAGAAAAGGCCACCCUUGAAGACAAAAUUUCAUCUUUAUUUUAAGAAGUUCUGUUUGGUGGGGUAAGAAAGCCCAAGAGUUGAAUUUUAAAAUUUCAUUCAGAAAAAUUUAAUAUUAUGCUAAUUUGCAUAAUUGGUAAAAUGGGCGUUACGUAUUGGACAACUAUAAAAACUCAUAGAAAAUCAAAACAAAACUUGUAAGAUUUAGUCAUACAGUAGGUGGGACAUGGACCCCCUAACAUCUUAUUACUUUUGGGGGAAAAAAAGUGGUGUCAUCUAAUUAAAUAUGCAAAUUAGGUCUUGUCCAAGGAUGAAAUGUCCCAUAUGUAACAUUUUUAGGAUUUUUUUAAAAGUUAUUUCUCAGAAUACAAUACUUGUAUUGUUGCAUCUCUAGGAAGUUCUAAUUUAUUGAGUAUGAAAAUGUUAUACCACAAAAAGUUUCAAAAAUAUAGUUUACUUUUUUAAUCAAAAAUUAGUUUUAAAAAAUGUUAUGUAUGGGACAUUUACACACAAUGUCAAUGGGGAGAUUUGUGUACAAAGUGAAUGGAGAAAAACAAAUUUCAAGUGCUCUUAAAGGAAUUUAUUUACCUUUUCUUUAGUUUCUAAAGACUGGUUUGUUAUAAAUACUGAUAAAUGAAAGCAAUUGAAGCAAAAAAAAAUUGAAAAUUUAAAGAUAUGAAAAAUAUAAAAAACAAUAGAAAUUCAUCAGAAAUUCAUGAAACCAUG